CUUUUAGGUUUUAUCCAAAUCCUGGUUCCUGACUCACAAGUCUGUUUGAAUUAUAUAUUUGAAGUAGAUCUCUGCACUAAGAUGUCUCACAGGCCCCCUUCUUCAAUCACAAAAGAAUUUAUCUUGAAAUUCAAUCAAACAAGAAAUCCAAAAGAGAAAGAACAAUUGUUGAGCAUAGCUAAAAGGCACAUUCUCAGAUGUCAGAGAAAAUUGGGUCUUAGAACUUUGGGCUAUGGUGAGCAUGUGAACCUUCCUACUGCAUGGACAGAAGUGAUAUAUCUAGCUCAAUGUAAAGGAGAUAUUCAAGAUGAAGCCUUAAGUAUGCUUUAUGCUUCCCUGGACCAUGCUUCCUUGGAUUAUGAACAGCUGCCCGUCUUAUUUUUUGUUGCGGAAUCCAUUUUGUAUAGAUUUUGUUGUGAUGCAUCACAAAAGACAUAUUUAUAUUUAGUUGAAUUAAAACUGUCAAAGAUUGGCUAUUUAGUCUUCUUACGACUUUUUGUAUUUUUCAUCUGCGGUUAUCUAGAAAAAUUUGAACAAAAUUUACUAAGGCUUCAACCCUAUUCACAUGCACUUUCUUUAUCUGGAGCGUCAUAUGGCAAGUACCCAAGCGUCUUUUCAAAUAUACAGUUUAUUCUCAGUGUCAUGAAUAUUAUAUUCAAACAAGAAAUUUCUGGAUUAAGUUUUAAUCCUGAUCAUAAUAAGAAAUUAUAUAACACAGAUUCUGAUAUGAAGCAGUCGGAAUUUAAUCAGAGAGGAUAUAAAGUUAAUCACCUACUCUGGCACUCUGUGGCUGCCUGGUCCUGUGUUCAGAAAAAUAGCCCUCAGUUGAAUAAGGUGCUUAAACACCUCAUCUUUUAUAAAAUACAGUUCCAGAGAAGUUAUUGGUUGGACUCAGCUCUGACUUUGAUGGUCCUUGGUGAUGCUGCAAAAUUAAACAUGACCUGUUUGAAAGCUUUAAUGGACCUAAUGAGAGAUUUCCUUUCCAGUAUUAUAUCUGAUAAGAGCCAAGAAGAAAAUGACAAGGUAGAUGACUUUUCCUGGGCCUGGAAUAUAGUCUACAUGUAUAUAACAGUUCUUACAGAAAUUUCCUUGUAUGCAGCUACUUCUAAUGUGCGAAAAACUGCUCUUAUUGGUUUCUGUGAUUGUAAAAGUUCACAAAAAAUUACCCUAUCCAUGGAUAAAUCAGAAGAACAGCCAAAAUUAAUGGAAAUGAGUAUUUUAGGUCUUUUGGAUUACUUCUCUUCAAAACUAUCAGAUAAUUGUGAUCAUGUGGUCUGGACUGGAUACUAUGCUUUAGUGCAUAACAUGGUGAAAAUGUUAUGGGAACUUCGGAGAAAUGAGGAACAAGAUGGAUUUAGAAACAAAAUUUGGCGAGUAUUACAACAAAUCAAAGAUCAAGAUCAAUAUGGAGUAGCCCAUAAUGCAAUAAAUAUAGCUCAGGCUGAAGUACAUGGCCCAAUUGAUCCUUUCACUACUUAUAGUAGAAGUAGCUCAUCAAAUGUAGUGGAGGAUACUUUCUGUAAAUACAUAGGGUGGAGAGUUGCCAACACACUUUCCAAACUAUUCUUUCCCUACAUUGGUCCUCAUGUUCUUCAUAUCAACAAAGGAUCAUUAAAGCAGAAGCAGAUGAGGUAUCUGGCCAAGAAGGACUCUAUGAGGAAGAGGACACUUCAUUUUACUCUCAGGGAUCAUUCUUUAGCUGCAGAAUUCCCCUUGUUCUCUUACCCUGAUUUCUUCACCAAGGCUGAUGAAGAGUUGACAAGAAUCAUUGACCAUCAUUGGCAGGAACAGCUAAAGAUCCAAGAGAAAGAAGAUGCAAUAUUUGCAGCCAACAAACAUAAUGAUAAAGAGUUUCAGGAAGCAAAUCACUGGAGGGAAAUUAUGAAAAGAAGAGAAGAGAAACUGCACAAGAAGACCAAGCCCUAUGAGCUCCCUUCAAGGAUUGAAGUAAUUUCCUUAGGAAAAAAAAAACACACAACACUCCUAAAUUGUGAUCUGUAUGCCAGAAAUUCAUUGCAUGAAAGUGAGCAUGAUAGCUGCAUGUUAGGGAGAAUUUGUUCUCAUUAACUGUGAGCCAUUUCUUAGAAAGGAGCUGUUUUCCCGGUGCAAUCUCCUUAACAUUCAUGCUUUUGUGCUAAAUUAACAGUUUUUAAUCACAUUGGGGGUGAAGAGAUUUUUACCAACUUAAUGUUUUUACAAAAAUGGUUAGAUUUCUCCCUAAUUGACUUAUCCUGUGAUCAUACAACAUCCUUAGUGAUUGUGAGUACUGAUGUUCAUUGGACAGUUGAUGGAAGUAAAUUGAAAAUUAUUAAUGAGUCACAUGGAAGAAUUAUUUUCUGAAAAUGGAAUGAAUAUCUACUGACAUCAUGAUAACUACUGUUCAAAUAAAAGAAGUAAAGCA